AUGCCUGGCAGAGUCGCCGCCCGUUCGACCUCUGCUGCGACGACACGCCGGUCGUCAGCACAGCCCUCUGCGUCUGGGCGUGCUGGCUCCGUGACCCCAUCAUUCGCGAUACCUGAGGAACCAGCAGAGCCUACAUCAUCCCCCACUUUGCGUCGCGAUGUUUGCUUGCUUUUUGCAGACGCGCAGCGCUCGACUACUGGUCACCGAAAGCUGGUAGUGCGCCUACGCAAGCUUCAGGAACACUGUUGUGGUAUCUCACCAAGGAAGAAUGGCAGGAACACCAAAGAUCAAGAGCCCGAAGAGGCAUUGAUUCCUGCGGAGGAAACUGAAAUUGAGAGAGAAUUCAAUGUGGAAGUUGGCCGUUGUAUGCUUCGCAUUCUGACGAUUAAGAAGAGUGAGCCUGUUGGAGACCGAGUUCUGCGGUUCUUGGGUACAUUCCUCAGUCAUGCUUCUGAGAAAGAUGCCGAAAUCUUCGCACCGAGUGAGGAUGAAGACCAUAGCGCCGAAACACCGACCGCCCGCCUUACAUCCAGCUUGGUGGCAACGCUGGUGCCUGUCAUGGCUGCCAAGGACAAGAUGGUGCGCUUCCGCUCAACCCAAAUUGUCGCCCACAUCGUGAACUCGCUGGAAGCCAUUGACGACGAAUUAUACCACACUAUAAGGCAAGGGCUUCUGAAACGCCUUCGGGACAAGGAGGCCUCUGUCCGUGUGCAAGCAGUUUUGGGACUAGGGCGUCUGGCAGGAGAUGAUGCAGAAGACGACGACAAUUCUGCCCUCUUAGAAAAGCUGAUGGACAUCAUGCAAAACGAUACAAGUGCCGACGUUCGCAAAACGCUACUCACAAACCUUCCUCUCGUCCCAGUGACGCUUCCUUAUCUUCUUGAGCGUGCCCGUGACCUUGAUGCCGCUACUAGACGCGCACUGUACUCACGUCUUUUGCCUACCCUGGGCGAUUUCCGUCAUCUGUCUCUAUCUAUGAGAGAAAAGCUUCUUCGCUGGGGAUUACGUGAUCGGGAUGAGAGUGUUCGCAAAGCUACAGCAAAGUUGUUUUACGAUAGAUGGGUCGAGGAUUGCGCUGGCACGAACAAUAACCAGGACGAGGGUCCGACUGGCCAACGAUCUCCGCCCGACAUUAAUGCACUACUUGAACUCCUCGAGAGAAUCGACGUCGUCAACUCCGGAAUGGAAAGCGGAAUUGCACAUGAGGCAAUGCGCGGGUUCUGGGAAGGCCGUGCGGACUAUCGGGAGGCUGUUGUCUUUGACGAGUCAUUCUGGGAGAACAUGACGGGAGAAUCAGCGUUCUUGGUGCGGUCCUUCAAUGACUUCUGCCGCGUUGAGAAUGAAGGCAAGUACGACAGCCUUGCUGAUGACAAGAUGCCUGAGGUCACGGCCUUGGCUUAUUUCCUGGGUAAACACAUCACCCACCUUUUGCAACGGAAGAAGAUUUCCAAAGAGUCGGGAGAGGCAAAUGACGAUGACGCUGUUGAGCACGAGUUUGUUGUGGAACAAUUGCUACACAUCGCUAUUACCUUAGACUACAGCGAUGAGGUCGGUCGACGAAAGAUGUUCUCGCUACUUCGCGAAACCUUGGCUGUGCCAGAACUUCCCGAGGAGAGCACCAAGCUGGUUGUGGAAACUCUGCGGUGUGUUUGCGGACCUGACGCUGCAGCUGAAGCCGAAUUUUGCAGCGUUGUCCUCGAGGCUAUUGCCGAGGUCCAUGAUACUAUUACCACCGAAGACAGCUUUGUGUCUGCUAGGUCUGAGAUCAGUGAUGAUACUAGCAGACGAUCCGAGACUCCAGGUGAUGAAGAGGUUACUCCCUUCAACAAGGAGGAAGCCAAGGCAAAGAUCGUCCGCGAGAUCGUUGUCAACAUGAAGUGUCUAUACAUUGCUCAGUGCAUGUUGCAGAAUAUCCAAGGCCAUCUGCAGCAGAACAUGAAUCUGGUUACCAUGCUUAACAAUUUGGUUGUACCAGCUGUUCGCAGCCACGAGGCCCCAAUCCGAGAGCGUGGUCUCUUAUGUUUGGGUCUUUGCUGUCUGCUUGAUAAGAACUUGGCGGAAGAGAACAUGACGCUCUUCAUUCACUGUUAUAGCAAAGGGCACGAAGCGUUGCAGGUGACGGCUAUAGAAAUUCUUUGUGAUAUGAUUACGACUCACCCAUCCCUGCUCGCCCCUGUCACCCAAGCUGAUGGCGAGACUGUUACGCCGCCUCCCAUGCAGAAACCUUUGCUCAAGGUUUUCGCCCGCGCCUUGCGUGCUAAUUCACCCAAUAGCGUGCAGUCUGGAGCAGCAGCCGCUCUGUGCAAACUCCUACUCACCAAUACAUUUACCCCCUCUGGGCCAAAUGUACCACCGGCAAUUCAGGAGCAUAACCAAACUGCCGUUGAAACCCUCUUGCUCUCCCUUGUGGUCUCUUUCUAUCACCCACGUACCCGCGAAAACCCCGCUCUUCGACAAUCAUUGGCGUAUUUCUUCCCCGUAUACUGCCAUUCGCGCUUGGAAAACACUCAACAUAUGCGUCGGAUCGCUGUGCCAGUGGUUCGCGCUGUAAUGAAUGCGGCGGAUGAGUAUUACUCCCUCGAGGCCGAGGAAGACAGCGAUGGAGAGAUUGAUCCCAGCGUCGGCGAGCGCGAAGUGAAGGCUCUCAUGGCCGGCGUCAUUGGCAUGCUUUCCGAGUGGACUGAUGAACGCCGAGUCGUUGGUCUCGGUGGUGAACGUGUCAUGGCUGGCGGUGCUGCCAACUCCAAUGUUUGCGGAUGGGUCCACCUUGCUCUGGUCAAGGAUAUCCUCGAGCGUGUUCUCGGGGUCAGCGCAGCGCCCAAUCGCUGCUCGCGCGAAGAACGCAAACUUCUCUUCUCCCUCCUCAGCAAACUUUACUUUGCCGCCCCUACGUUGCCCGCCCGUGCAAGCUCCCGCGCCCCUGAAGGUGAAGACCAAUUCCGAACCAGCAUCCGCAGCGCGACCAGUGUUGAAAUCGAUCCUGAAAACACCGAACUCGCGACCGAGGUCAAAGAACUGUUGGAUCAAACCAUUGAGGAGGGGAUUGCCGCCGAAGCCUCCAGCCGGAACGCUUUGGUGAAAGCCAAGAAUGCUGUCCUGAAGAUUCUGGCCGUUGCACAGGAUGGUCGUGCUGCCAGCGUCCGCCCCCGAGAAGGCACCGAGGACAUUGAUAACGAUGCAGCUAGCGUGCGCUCUGGUAGUGUCCGUCGCUCCGUGGACCCCACCGGUGGUUAUGGGCGUCGUCACGUCUCCGUUGAACCCAGUAUCAUGGAGGAAGAUGAGGAGGGCGAUAGCCGUCUUACAUCUGCUACCGCAAACCGCCCCAUUCUCUCCAUUGAGCCUAGUAUCAUGGAAGUCGAUGAGGAAGAUGAGAAUGAUACUAGCCGAGGUACUAUCAUUAAGGAAGAGACGGGUGAUGAGUGA